AUGCCGGAUCGUUUCAAUCCUGAAAAACCAUAUUCGAUUGAGUUGAUUUUACAAGAUGCAAAGAAACGAUUAUGCAACUUGGCUCAUAUAAUAACAAACGAUUAUGCAACUGGUCAUUUGUGCAGAAACGAUUCUGGUGAUCGUAUCCAGGCCUCUAUUGGAAAGUAUGUAAUUAAAUUCUUUACGACCAAGAUACAUGAACUUGGCCUAUAUCGCAUGAACUACUUUGUCGUCGUACCAAACAACUUGAGUUUAAAGAAUACACCACACAAUCUGAGGCUGACAUUUACACAAAGGACAACGGUUGAGGAAAUAGUUGAUUCUUCAUUUCAUAUGAAUAUCUUUAACUUUCGUCCUUUUGAUCAGGUUGUGAAGUAUGAAGAUGUUAAGACCCACAAGCAAGGAGAUAACGACAGUGUCUUCCUCAAUGUUCAACUCGAAGAUGAUCAGAGGAACAGAAUUACGGCAACCUUAUGGAGUGAACUUGUGGAUCACAUUCAACCUUACUUGAAUGGAGCUAUCGACGAAUCUUUGAUUGUUGUUUUACAAUUUAUGAAACCUCAAAAAUUUCGAGGUAACUACUCAGUGCGUAGUUGUUGGUACUCUACAAAACUUCGGAUCAAUUCUACUCUGCCGCAAUAUGUUGAGUUUAAAUCUAGAUUAGUUGCAACAUGUCCAUCUAACUGUGAGCGGAUUACUCAAACAAGCUCUCAGCAAAGUUAUUCUGUCAGAGAUGAAUUAGCCAAAGUAAUUAUAUCAUUCAAAACUAUCACGGAUUUAGUUCAGUGUGGAGAAGAAUGUACCUACUGGAUUGCUGCUAAAUUGGUUAAUUUGGAACUUGAACGAGGAUGGUCAUACUUGGCAUGCAACAAGUGCACUAAAAAGGUUGACAAAAUUGGGAACAUUUUUUUGUGA